AAGAAGUUAAGAAAAUAACUCACAACUUUAAUAAUCAACAAGCUUCAAGAACAACACCAAGAAUGGAAGUUUAGCUCCUCAUUUGAAGACUAAACAUAGCUAAAAAAAAUAUAAAGAAAUGCUAUUCUAAACUGAGCUAAAGAGUAUGGAAGAAGGGAUUAUUUUUAGAGAAGAAAAAAUGUGCUAUUUAUAGGUGUUUUUCAACACCUUUGGUCGGGUACCCGACCGGGUCAAGUACUUACCCGACCGGGUCCGGUCAAAAUCAGAUAAUCCGCCACGUUCUGGUGAUCUUCGCACGUCGUUUUGUCCCGGGUCACAUCUGACCCGACCGGGUCAAGCAGGGGACCCGACCGGGUCCAGUGACUUUCUUGGCAAUUUCGUCUGUUAAAUCAUACCCGACCGGGUGGGGGUUUCUACCCGGUCGGGUUUCACUCCUGGGCAGUCAAAUUUCUUGUUUUCUUCUCUUCAAAGUCUUCCUUUCCAACACCACAAAUCCUAACUAUACUUUACAACUUAUAAAUGAGAAUUAAAAUACGAUUACAACUAAAAUCACACAAAUGUUUACAAACUAAAUAAAACGGUAAACAAUACACACAAAUCAAUCAUAAAAAUAUACAUUUAUGCACUACUGAUUAGUGCAUAUCAGACACCAACUCCGGACCAGUGUGAUUCUCCUCCAUCUAACCAGACCGAUACUCCUCCUUCCUCACCCACUUCGCACGUGCCCACUACAGUACUGAAUCAGCAUCCCAUGCAAACCCAAGCCAAGGCGGGUAUCUUUAAGCCCGAAACAAUUUUUAGUUAAAGUACAGUUGUUAAUCGCGCAGAUCCUGAUUGUUUUGAUGAGGCUAAUAAACAUUUAAAAUGGCGGAAAACGAUGGCUGAGAAAUUUAAUGUUCUCAUUAAUAAUCAUACUUGGGAUCUGGUGCCCUAUGACAGCACUAAGAAUAUAGUUGCUUGUAAGUGGAUUUAUAAAACGAAUUAUCAUUCGGGUGGGUCUGUUGAGCGCCAUAAAGCUCGAUUAGUUGUUCAUGGUUUUAAUCAACAGGCAAGUAUUGAUUUUUCUGAAACCCUUAGCCCUGUUAUUAAACCUACCACCAUUCGUGUUGUCCUUACUCUUGCUGUUUCUUUUGGUUGGGUCAUUCGACAACUUGAUGUUAAGAAUGCAUUUUUACAUGGUCAUUUAACAAAGGAAGUUUAUAUGCGUCAGCCUCGUGGUUUCACACAUCCUCAAUUUCCUAAUCAUAUGUGUCACUUGUGCAAGGACAUUUAUGGACUUAAACAAGCACCACAGGCAUGAUUUCAUCGGUUCAGUAGCGCUUUCUAUUGCAGCAUAAUUUUUCUUGUGGUAAAUCUGAUAAUUCUUUUGGGAUUAAGGCUUGGAUGUUGUUGUUGUUGUUAUGUAGAUGAUAUUAUUAUUACUGGCAAUUCUGAGUCUACCAUUUCCCAGUUUAUUUCCAUUAUUUUGAACCACUUUGCUAUGAAGGAUCUUGGUAAUUUACAUUAUUUUUGGGAGUUGAGGCUACUCGAGUUUCUUAAGGCCUGUUUCUUUCUCAAAACAAGUAUGUUUCUAACCUUUUAGUCCGGUUUCAUCUCCAUACGGUUAAACCUGUUCGCACACUGUUGGUGUCUCGCACUACUCUGUCUCUGUCUGACGGUGAGUUACUUUCAGAUGCUACUGAGUAUCGCAAUAUGGUUGGUGCGUUACAAUAUUUAACUUUGACACGAACAGAUAUUACUUAUGCAGUACACUUAAUGUCUCAGUUCAUGCAUGCCCCUCGUACUACUCACUUGUUUGUAGACAAAAGAAUUUUCAGGUAUUUGCAAGGAACACAUGAUCAUGGCUUAUGGCUUCACCAAUCUAAUCGCCCCACGUGUGUUGUUGCAUAUUCUAAUGCUGAUUGGGCUGGUUGUCCUAAUAGCUCUAGGUCUACAACAGGUUUUGGUGUAUUUUUGGGACCUAAUCUGGUCUCUUGGAAGUCCAAAAAGCAACCUACCGUGUCCAAGUCCUCUACAGAAGCUGAGUAUCGAGCUAUUGCCUAUACUGUACAGGAUACCCUUCACAUCCGCUCUAUUCUGUUUGAACUCGGCUACCCAAUAACGAAACUAGUUCAUUUGUUGUGUGACAAUAUUUCAGCUUCCUAUUUGACUGCAAAUCAUAUUCAGCAUGCUCAAAAUAAACACAUCUAGAUUGACUAUCACUUUGUUCGCGAACGUGUAGCUCAUUGAGAUCUGAUUGUUAAACAUGUUCCUACUCAUUUACAAUUAGCUGAUAGUUUUACUAAAAGCCUCCCUAGUCAGCGUUUUCAUUUUUUAAAAGACAGUCUGCGCGUUGUAUCUCCCGCACAGCUUGAGGGGUGUAAUAGAAUAAUAAUAGGAAUAUUUAUGUAUUUUACAUUUAAACUCUUUUAAUAUAAAUAUAUCUAUCAGGACUCCUAAGAGAACAUCAUGUUCCAUUAUUCUCACACUAGGGAGAGUCUGACCUCGCUGAGACCCUAAUCAGACUCAAGAUCUAUUGUCCAGGUUAGCCUUAGUAUGGCUCAUCCUAAAUGGGCUAUGAUCGUUAAUCCCAUUAAAUAAUAGUCAGUUCAUGCAAUUUUGGGCAGAUUUUCACUAUGAGUCAUCCAAAAACAAUCUCUAUGCUUUAGUACAGGGGUAAGACUCAUACAUCGGACCCCCUACCCAACCAUAAGUGGGACCCUUUGCAACACUAGGGUAAUGAUAAUGAUGAUGUAAUUCACUCUUUAAAAAGCUACUCCCUCUGUCUCACUAACAAUGUGACAAGAGGGAGUGACAUGCAAAUCAAUAAAAAGUAGUUUAUGUGAUUGAUAUUGAAUUGAUAAAGUAAGAAUAAAGUAAGAAUGAUUUAGAACCACACAAACUUUACCAAAUUUGAUAUGGGACCAUCUUAAUGGGACGGGCGAUAAGGUAAAACGGGACAACCAUAACGGGACGGAGGUAGUACUUCAUUUCCCGAACAUACUUAAGAUUUACAACUAGGGAUAGACCCAACCGGUUCGGCCCGGCCCACCACUACGCAAGCUCGGACCAGACCAACCGAGACUGGACAUUUAUUUUGGGGAGGGUUGGGCAGGCCAGGCUCAGGUCCUGUAUUUGUUGAACCGACCCGAGCGGUUCGAGCUAGGCCCGAGCUUUUUUUAUUUUAUUUUUUGGUUUUUUCAAUUUUUUGUUUUUCUUGGUUAGAGCUGGGUGUUUUGGGGGGUGGGAGUGAGGGGGGGGGGGUCAGGGGCUAAUUAGAAAGCAAAAAAAAAUUACCUUGAACUAGGUCCGGCCCGGUUAGGCCCAAACCCGAUAUCAAACCAGGCCGAUUCCGGGCCCAACAAUUUGAAAAAAAAGCCCACCCAGACCCGGCCUGGGUCCAUCCC